GCCUACUACUGCUACUUUUUACAAUUAAUGCAGAGGUGUGUGAUAGAAAUGGUGAUAGGUAGAAAGAACCAAAGCAGAUUUACACGCUAUAAACUAAAUUCUCACAUCAUAUAGUCGGUGUGACUAAGCAUCUCAAUUUAUGCACGGUGGGGAAGGUCCUGUUAAAGAUGGAAAAGUUCAAGGCAACUCACUCUACAUCGGGUACCUCCGCUAGUACUUUAUAAAUAUUAUAAUAAAUAUACUUUUGAAAUAUAUUUUAAUAUAAUAUUCUCAUCUAUUUCGGAUUUAUUUUAGGUACGAGCAAAUUUUACAUUGAGUAUUCUUGUGCUUGUUCUAUGGACAUUAAGCUUAUUACAAUUUUGCAUUGCUCUAACAGCAUCUCGCGGUCGCAAAUCACGUCUUAGUUCAUCUGCAGCAAUGCUUCAUCCACGUCCCAGUGCCGUAUGUUGUAGUCCUUCUGAUUUCUGGGGAAUGUUAAUGUCAUUAUUACUUCAAGAUAUGCCAUUUUUUUGUUUUCGUGCUAUAUUAAUAUUCCAUUAUCAUAUUUUAAGUUAUUCAAGCGUCUUUUUUACAUGUAAAAAUGGUCUAAUUAUUAUUUUACAAUGUUAUAGAAUAACAGUUAUUAUUUGUUCUACUAUGAACUACAAUAGACAAAAAAUACGUUCACAUAAAAAACAAUAUCAUUUUGAUGAACCGCUGGUUACACCAUCAAUUGUUGUCAAUAUGGCUGAGGAAAAUGUUUCAUUAGUUUAA